AGGGAAGAUGGCGGACGAGGAGGCCGAGCAGGAGCGGAGUCUCGCAAACGAUACCCGUGAAACGAUCGGGGAGCUCAGGCGACGAUUGGAAACGCUGCAAGAAGUCGUGGUUACAGAAAGCGUCAAGAUUCCCGCGCUAGCGUCCUCCGAGUACUGCCAGGAGUUCUGCAGGACUCUGCUGGAGUUUGCAGGGCGUUGGAGGAUAGAGGAAGAGCCCUUGCCACUGGUGCAAGUGUACGUCGUCGCCUUGCUAAGUUACGCUCAAGCUUCUCCGUACCUUUCCCUGGAGUGUGAAAACGUUCCUGUUGUGGUAGAAAGACUCUCACUGAGCUUUCUGGAGCUUCUACUUGCACUGAAAGAUGUUCCAGAUGGAUUAUGGACAGAACUGAAGUCUUCUGUGCAGUUUGCACACAGCAAGCUUCAGGAGCAUGGGAUCGGCCAGCUGUCGGUAUUAUCUGCCCUGGGACAGUACGAUGGCGUUUGGGACAACAAAGUGCUCCAAGGCCUUCUCUCCAACGAGACUCUCCAGACAGAACAAGUUGAGGAGUUUUUGGAGCAGGAGGGGCUGAUCCUGUUGCAGAUGAGAGUGAAGCAGCUUAUGAAAGAAAAGGAACUGGAGAAGGCUGCACUUCUGGCAAAGACGUGCUCCGAGUCUGCAGCCUUCCAGGGGAAGCAGAUGUUCAAGCAGAUGUACCUGGUCUGCCUCUGCAGUACUGCCGAGCAGGAUCCGCUCAUGGAGGAGCUGUCGAAGGUGGAUUGCCGUGAUGCUUUAGACAUGAUCUGCAAUUUGGAGUCAGACGGAGAGGACGGCGCAGCUUUCACCCUCUGCUCAGCCUUCCUCACACGCCAGCUUCUCCAAGGAGACACGUACUGUGCCUGGGAGCUUACACUAUUUUGGAGCAAGCUGUUGAAGCGAUUGGAGCCGUCAGACCAGGCCUUCCUGGAGAGAUGCCGCCAGAUGUCCCUGUUAUCCAAAUCUGUGUACCACGUCCUGUUCCUCAUCAAGGUCAUCCAAUCGGAGAUUGACCAUCCUGGAUUGGCAGCCUGCGUGGAAAUGUGCAUAAGAGCUCUACGGAUUAUAGUGGAUGAUGGAAAAACCAAAGCCACUGUUUGCAAAACUAUUUCCUGUUUGCUUUCAAGCGACCUGGAAGUGAAGCGAGCCUGUCAGCUAACGGAGUUCCUCCUGGAACCUACGGUGGAUGCAUACUAUGCUGUGGAGACACUUUUUAAUGAACCCGAUCAAAAACUAGAAGACGAGAGUAUGCCUGUUCCCAACUCGCUGCGGUGCGAGCUCUUGCUGGUUAUGAAGACUCAGUGGCCCUUUGACCCAGAGUUCUGGGACUGGAAAACACUAAAGCGCCAUUGCCUGGCGCUGAUGGGCGAGGAGGCUUCAAUCGUGUCAUCCAUCGACUCACUCAACGACACUGAGGACCCGGAGGAAGAGGAAGACUUAAUGAGCCUCAGUGAGUUUAAUAAUGUCCCUGACCACAUUGGCAGUGGUACUUACGAACUUCAAGAUAUCACUGACAAAAAACAAAAAAAUCGAGAAAUGAAGAAACUAAGAGAAAAGGGCUUUGUGUCUGCCCGCUUCAGAAACUGGCAGGCCUAUAUGCAAUACUGCGUGCUCUGCGACAAGGAGUUUCUCGGUCACAGGAUUGUACGUCACGCUCAGACCCAUUUAAUCGAUGGAAUAUAUACUUGUCCAAUAUGUGCUCAAACCUUCUCCUCAAAAGAGACAUUUAUUCCCCAUGUAACAUCACAUGUGAAGCAAUCAAGCAAAGAGAGGCUGACUGCUAUGAAAAGCAGCAAACAGCUGGCUAGUCCUAAAACGGCUGCCCCUGCCAUCGUAGCGCUGAAGACAAAAAUGCAAAAUGAAGUUCACAAAAAUGGCAGUUCUUUGAAAAAAAAUGAGGCGUUAAUUAAAAAUCUCGGGGCAAAAGUUUUUCGAUGUAACACCGAGAUUAGCGAGGAGAACAUGUGCCCAGUUGGAAAAUGUAGGAGGAACUUCAAAUUUUUCAAAAACCUUAUUGCACACGUUAAAGCUCAUGGGGACAACGAAGAGGCGCAAACUUUCCUUGAAAUGCAGAGAAAGAAGGUUGUUUGCCAGUACUGUCGCCGCCACUUUGUUAGUGUCACCCAUCUCAACGAUCACUUGCAGGUCCACUGUGGCGCAAAACCUUACAUAUGUAUACAGUUAAGCUGCAAAGCAAGUUUCCUGUCAAACACUGAACUCCUAAUGCAUCGAAAAACACACACCAUUUUCAAGGCCAGAUGCAUGUUUCCAAAUUGUGGAAAAAUUUUCAAUGCCGCUUUCAAGCUAUAUGAUCAUGAGGCCCAGCAUUACAAAACGUUCACGUGUAAAAUUGAGGACUGUGGAAAAGUGUUUCAUUCACAACAGCAGCUGCAUUUGCAUCAGGAGAAACACGUAACACAAGAGGAAAAAAGUCCGUCUUCUCAACCGGUUCCAGACGAUACGCAGCCUGGUCCCUGGCCCACUGAACAAUUGCCUUCCAAUCAUUCUCCCCUGAAGCAAGAACAUUCCCAAGAGGAUUUGAACACUGAGACUGCUGGUAAUGCUGAUCAUGGAAGGCUACCAGUUUCUGUCGAGUGCUUGGUGAAAUCUCCAAGGGAGCCCGUUGAAAACUUGGGGCAAAUGAGAGCUGACACUCAUAACAUGGCUCUCUCCACCAGUCAGACGUCCACUUUAAAAAAUUCUGUCAUUCAGUCUCCGCAUUCUCUCCUAUUUGAACCAAACGGACAUGAAGAUGGUCAUUCCGUUGACUAUGUGACGGCACCCCAAGGAAAGCACCCACUGCCCCAAUUUGAAGGUGGGACUCUUCUACAGAGCCAGACGCAAUUGUUUCCCAAUAAUGUAAAAACCGAAGCAAUUGAUUACAAGCUUGACUGUAAGUUGCCGUUACAGCAGCAGCAAGCGUGUAGCAAUAACUCGUUAGCAGCAUCACGGUCUCAGAUGUCUUUAGAGACAGCAAUGUCACAACCCCUCCCAUCAACGGUAAACCCUCAACAUUUACUUGGAAAAAAGUCAGGGAACUCUGCAGCGGCGUCGAAUAGCACAUGUCCUCCAGGACUUGCAGAGCGGUUUCACUGUGCGUUUGCAACGUGUACUAGGCACUAUAGUUCCCACAGAAGUGUUGCCAAACACAUGAAAGCGGUUCACCCAGAUUUCUAUGAACAAUGGAAAGUUGCUCGAACUAAAAUCAAGAUUACUUAUUUGCCAGCGCGGGGCACAUCAUCUGUUUCGCAUUUGAGUUCAGUCUCUUCUUUAAAGAGUAAGGAGGCGCACAUACCGGCUCAUGUAGUGCAGAGGCAGAAUGUGAUCCAGUCACCGCCUUACACCAACAAAGGCUCCAGCUCCAGCUAUAAUUCCCCUAAUAUGUUUCCCCCGUUUCCCCACGGCCAAAAUGGUUCAGUGCUCAUGUCGAAUGUUCUGAAUCCUAUUGUUCUCUCUCAGUUGGGAACUAAUACCAGUUCAGUGACAACACAGUCCCAGGUUUCAGGCAGUCACAGUUGGCACUCUGCUGUUGAAAGCGAACAAAUUCAUAACGGCGGCUCUCCCGAAGUCUUUCCAUCAAAUCUGCAAGGAAUGCCGCAGGUUGAUUCGGCCAGUGCCGGUCCACCGCUCGGUGUCCCCCCCUUCUCUAUGAUGGGAUCGGUGAUGAACCGACACGAUUCCCUACAGUCACAGCUCCUACACGGUAGGCCUCAGUCUGAUAUGCCCUCAUUUUUAAAUUGUGUAAAGCAAGAGCCACAACAAACCCCUCUGCCGUGCACAUCACAGAUGCAAAGCAGCUUUGACUCCAAGAUGCCAGAACAGAUGAAGCUGGGAGAAAAUCAUGAGCAAUCCAACUUCUCUUCUCUGAAUAAUGCAAACAAAAACAAACAUCUGCAAAAUAACCAAGUCAUGUCUAUAAACAAUCCUGAAAAUCAGGCUCAAAGCAGAAAACACAAGAGGACCAAAUGGCCAGCGAUCAUUAAGGACGGAAAGUUUGUUUGUCGAAGGUGUUUCCGACAAUUUAAUAGUCCCAAAUCCCUCGGCGGCCAUUUGUCCAAACGCACUGUUUGCAAACCAUACCAAGACUCAGAACUGAACGCAGAGCUGCCAAGUUCCUUUCUUGAUCUUCUCAACUCGGAGCAAACAGUCGUGACUCCCCAGUCGUCCUACAAUGGUGCCGGCUUGUACCAGAAGGCUCACGAGACAGUUGCACGUGAUUCACCAGACACGGAUCAUUACGCCGCUCCUAAUUAUCCCCAGCAUAACUUGACAGCAUAUGGGAAUGGGGAGUCGAACAAUGAUAUUCUCAAGCAAAUCAUGACUGAAUCCAAUAUGUCCGAUCUCUUUGUGCACGGAUCCGUCCCCCAGCCUUUCCACAACCCAUGUGCUCCUUAUGGGGCCAGUGAGCAUUUAUUGGGCAGCUCAGUUAUACAGCACACUGAAAAUGUCCAGGUGAAGCAAGAGCGUAACCCGUACAAUACAGCCCAAUAUCCUCAGCAGAGCAUUGAUACGUUUCCUGGGAGUGACUUGCCCGACCCAUUUUCACAGAUCCUCUCAGAAAACGCAUCCACCUCUGUUCUUAGCGGCGCUUCUACAAACAUGACUCUGGGAGAAAUGAAUGCUGACAGGUAUAACUCUGCGACUAAUCAUCCACCACCAAAUGUAGAAUCAAACUUGAUCAUGCAAGGACUGUUACCUGAAGGUCAGCUCAGUAAAGCGAUGAAAAGUGAGAAGCAGACAGAAAAGCUAAGGGGGGGCGAUAGAGAUGUUAAAAAGCGGUUGCGCGAGCAGAUUCUGGCUGGAGAUUUUCAGCGUAGAACUAGCAUAUCCCAUUCUGGCAGUACUGACCCUCAAGCUAGUCCUGUCUCUUUGAGCCCAGUGGCCAGUUCUGAUCAUUCUGGAUAUCGUAGAUUUUCUCAGGACGCAAGUAAUCAUUCAGUUAGUCACAGUCAAAUCAUGGAAGAAAGUUCUGUAGUUAUGCCAGUAACCAUUGGAGAAAUUGAACACCUAUUGAACACCCAAAGCUUCACUGGUUUCAGAGACAUUGUCACAAUGCACCGGGAGGUUCCAAGCCCGGUGGAAAUUUUAGCAAGUGAUCCAUACCCUGAACCCUCUGAGUUAUCAGACAGCCAACAACGGUGUGUGGCAGAAAUUCAGUGUGCGUUUGAAAGGCUGGACUUGGUCAGAGACGCUCCUCAUCAGGUGUCGACUCUAAUCCCACAGCAGAAUAUUACACAAACCCACCGCAAGAUCCAGCCGGUAAAGGCAAGAUCCCAUAAAUCAGUUCCAUCCCCCGUUGUCAAACCUUUUGCUUGUGAAAAGUGCACAUUUAAUUCCAACUCCAGUGAAGCACUAUGGAGACACCUCUCCAAAACACACAGCUACACGCUUGAGAUGGUUAAUGUUGUCAAAAAGCGCUAUGGCCAGUAUGCACCUUUCAAGUGCUUGAAAUGCAGCAAGACAUUCACUCGUAACUCCAACCUUCGCGCUCACUACCGGUCAGCUCACAAAUUAUCAGUGAAAGAAAUUUCAGAUCUAGAUCUGAAGCGAAGGGAAGCUAAAGCUGCUGAAUCUGCUAUUCAGAACCAGCGGGCUGAGGCGGUCCGGGCUUCACUAACUCAAACAGCAACAAGUACUCGUGCCCCUGCGGGUAGCGGGUCGCAUGUCCAUCCACUCCGAGACACAAUAAAAGAAGAGCCAUUUAUCCACUUUACUAAUUUAACGAAUCAUAAAUCUCAAGAUGGCAGUCACUCCUCAGGCCUCCCCUUGCAGGCUGUUCCCUUGAAGAACGAAGAAAUGACUCCUCCUCCUCCACAGGGUCAGGCAUCCACGGCAAGCUCCCAGAAAGUACAAACGGGGAUGUCCAAAGACUGUUGCUCACAGGAGCAGCAAAGAAACCUGCCUCCGGCGCACAAGCGCCAUGCAGUGAGUCAGCAUUUUCCCAAAGCGUCUCCACCUCUCACCCAAGACGUGCCUGCCACAGCUCAUAAUAAUGUCCCUCGGACUCCCGAAAAAGGGUCUUUAACGAACCAGGCAGUCGUUACACCAAAUAAUCACAUCACCAAGCGUAGAGGGAGGAAACCAAAAUCUGUCAACACAAGCCCGUACAGACCGUACUGCUGUGUUCAUCAAGGAUGUACCGCGGCCUUCACCAUCCAGCACAACCUGAUCCUCCACUACAGAGCCGUCCACCAGAGCGCUCUGUCUGCCCUGGAGGUGAACAAAGAGCCGGAGCAGAGAGAAGGAGCGGAUGAAAUGAUGGACCGUGACGAGGACGAGCCAGAGGCGGAGUUCCCUCAAAUUCCUGAAUUGAGAUGCCAAGUCAAAGACUGUUGUUAUGUCUUUCAACAAGUCCCCAACUUAUUUCAGCAUUAUCUUCAGCUACAUAAAUUCAAGCCCGAUAAGGUCGGCAGUCUCUUGUCCGGUAUCAAACUGGGCAAGUUUUCUUGCGGCCACCAAGGAUGCACAGAAUCCUUCACUGCUUUCAGGGUCUACUUCGGGCACGUCCAAGAAAAACACGAAGACCUGAACAUCACCAAACCCGAACAGUUGGUUUCGUACAGGUGUGAAUUUGAAGGCUGUGACCGUUCGUACGCCACCAAGUCGAACAUGCUCAGACAUGUCAUGAAAAAGCAUCACGACCUGUACCAGACUACGUACCAGACUAAAGUAAAAAGCCCGCGAGCGAAAGAAGAGAGGCCGAAAAAAUGCUCCAAAACUCUGCAUUACCAAAUUAGUAAGACAAGUAAUGGAAAAGAAAACAUUGAGAGCAACAAAAAGAUCCCAAGGACUUAUCGGACGAAAAGGGUGGGCAGGUCAAAGAGCAGUCAUUGGAUUAACUAUGGGAAACCCUCCUUGAAACCCAAACUGGAGGCAGCUGCCAUGUGCCAUAAACACUUUUCUCCCCUGCAAUAUCCUUGUAUGAUCAAGGGUUGUGACGUCGUCAUGAAAUCUGAGAGGAGCAUACUUAGACAUUACAUGGGACACGGACUGUCAGAAAAAUAUCUAGAACUUCACAGGAGUCACUUCAUAUUCUGUAAAAAGUUCCCAAAGCAGCGGUAUCGUUCCAUCAGGAGCGACGACUCCAAGUCAGACAACACCUCUGACAUUUCGGACAAUGAGGUGACACCGGACGCCAUUGUGGAAGGAGAUUAUGACCACUCAAAGCCCGUCCUGCGCAGAAGAACCACUUCAGGGAUACCCGUCACACUGUUCGAGAGCAAGAUAGCAAACGGGGAAAGUUCGAAUUGUUCUGUGAUCCUUAAACGCAAACGAGGACGUCCAAGAAAACUCAUCGACACAAUAGUCAAACGCAAGAAAAUUCCCCACGUAGCCAAGAACGAAGUGACUUGCAGCAGGAAGGAGGAGCCAGAGCAGUCCAGCCCGGCGCUGAAGCAGGAGCGGGCCGAGCAGAGCGCCCCGCUCGCCUCGUUCAAACCCAUGGGCUUCGAAAUGUCCUUCUUGAAAUUCUUGGAACAGUCAAACGCAUCGGAGCGGAUGGUUACGGGGAGCGUCCAGUCCAGGCCCAACACCAAAGACACCUGUGUCCGAUUCAGCAACCGUCAGAACUUGAAAUCUCUGGGAAAGGUUAGGAUAAACCUGGACGGAGCCUUUUCCGGCGUCACUCACCCCAUGUUGGAGCAGCUGCAGGACAUGUGGCCCGCCGUGGUUUUAGAGAAAUAUGACUAACUUUUUUUUUUUUUUUUUUUGGGAGCAGAAUCUCAGGACUUGAAUGAGAAGAUUCUGCUGCUGACUGUUGUCCUACGUAUAAAAAUGUUUAUUAUACCUCUACUUAUUUGAAAAAAUAAGUUUCGAUUGAACAGUACUAUCUGUACAGUUUUUUCUCCUUUUUAUAUAUUAAAAUGUAAAGCAUGAUUUGAAUCGACUACUAACUGAAGAAAAUCUAAUGCAAAGUGAAGCUAACAUCAGCUUUUGAGGUCUUAAUUAUCCCUGUGGGACAGACGGAUGGACUGAAAUGGGCCGUAUUGCUGUCUGUAGUUUGUGAAGAUGUUGAUUAUUGUAAUUUGUGUGUGUAUAUAGUUGGAAGUCACCCACUGCCACCAGCAGUCUUAAAUAUGUUUUCUUUUUGGUUUUGUUUUCUGUUAUUAUUAUUAUUAUUAUUAAUAAUAUUAUUUUUAAAUUACAUUUCCAUUCAAGAAUGGUCUCAAGUUUGGAGCUGUUGCAUGUGAAACUAGAAGUUGAUUUUGUUAAAGUUUGAAUUGUUGAAAGCAGAUGAGUUCAUAUUAAAGGCUCAUCAGUGUUUUGUAAUUCUGACUGCGCUCUCCUGCGUGUUGUAAUUAUUUGAUUUAAAAUCCCUCCAGCACUUAAAUAUUAUUGCUUUGAUAAAGUAGUGGAAUAUUUUGAAAAUGCAUAUAAUAAUUAGUUGCAUCUUAUUAA